AUGGAAAGAAUUAUUGAUAAACAUCAUUUGAGACAGCAGGAUGGUACAUAUGAUAUGAAACGAUUGACAAACUACAUUCUCUCAAAACUUUCAAAAUAUCCUUUUAAAAAAUAUCCAUCAAACACUUUAUUAGUUUGUGAUGAUUUCGCUGGUAAAGGUUUAGUUUCAAAACCAGAUUCACCAUUAGCUAAUUUAAUAACGAAAGUCAGACAUUACCACAUGACUGUUGCAAUACUUAUGCAGACGUGGAGGUUUUUAGCUUUAAACAUUAAACGUCUCAUUACUGAUUUCGUUAUAUUUCAAGGUUUCUCAAAAUACGAUAUAGAAUUAAUUUGGAAGCAAUCAGGUAUAACAUUACCUUUUGAUGAAAUCUGGGAUGCUUAUAAAUCACUCAUUUCACCACGUUCAUAUUUAGAAAUUCAUAUAAUGACUAAUACAAUUAAUGUUAAAAAUAUACCCUGGGAAAGACCAACAUUAUUUUAA